CAGAGGCUACCGGUGGAACAGCCCCAUCGGGUCACCAAGCCAUCCCCAGCCAGGAGGGCUGUCCUAGAUAGGGUGACCAGACAGCAAGUGUGAAAAAUCGGGAUGGGGUGGGGGCUAAUAGGAGCCUAAAUAAGAAAAAGACCCAAAAAUCGGGACAUCUGGUCACCCCAGUUGUAGACCCCACAGUAGGGGACAUUAAACUGCCUCUGCCCCUGGCAUGACCCAGGAGACAAGCCUGCUCCAGCGUUGCCCUGGACUGGCAGGAAGUCGGGCCCACAGCACGGCAACCGUCCCAUCAAAGAGCAGCAGGAAGGGGAAGAAAGUCACCAUUCUGUAUGACUCUUUGGAAGGAGGCGUUGCUGAGAAGGAGGAGACUGACUCCAAGAGACUGAAAUGGGAGCCAGGGAACUGGAGGCAGCAGCUGGAUAAUAUCCGGGAAAUGAGGCGGAAGAAGGACGCUCCUGUGGAUCAGAUGGGGGCUGAGAAGUGUUUUGACAGCAGCGCACCUCCAGAGGUGAUGCGCUAUCAGGUUCUGCUGUCGCUGAUGCUGUCCAGCCAGACCAAAGAUCAGGUGACCUCGGCAGCCAUGUUGCGCCUGCGUGAGCAUGGCCUCACGGUGGACAACGUUCUGCAGACAGACGACGUGACUCUGGGGCAGCUCAUUUACCCGGUGGGAUUCUGGAAGAACAAGGUGAAGUACAUAAAACAGACGACCGCAAUCCUGAAGCAGCAAUACGGAAGUGACAUCCCCAGUACCGUUAGGGAGCUGGUGAACUUGCCGGGAGUUGGGCCCAAGAUGGCCCACUUGGUCAUGAACAUUGCCUGGAACAACGUGACUGGGAUCGGUGUGGACACCCAUGUGCACAGGAUUUCUAACAGAUUGAAAUGGGUGAAGAAGGAAACUAAAACCCCCGAGGAGACCAGAGUGGCGCUCGAGGAUUGGCUGCCCAGGGAUCUCUGGAGUGAGAUAAACUGGCUCCUCGUGGGCUUCGGCCAGCAGAUCUGCCUGCCUGUGAACCCUCGCUGCAAAGACUGCCUCAACAGACACAUCUGCCCGGCUGCUAAGAGAUGCUGAGGGGACGGCUGCUCCUCCUAGAGCAACAGCUCUGCACCGGGGUUGUGAAGCCGCUGGACUCUGAGCCCCAGUAAGACUGCAUUGGGCUUGGGGAGAGACCUAGUGCUGCAGAGAGAUGGGAUGGGAAUGCAGCAGCUACCCGGCGAGAGCAGAUCUCUGAAGGGGAAAAGCACUCUCUGAAAUGCAGCCGUCCUGCUGAGCUCUGCAGGAACAGUCCCUCGGUGUGGGUGUCUAACACAAACACUGCACAGAGACAGUGGGAACGGGGAAAUGUUACACACUGCGGUGUCUGGUGCAGCUGGAAGGAGACCUCCGCUGGCUCGGGGCCUGGCCCUGCCCGGAGUCCCUGCCUCAAGCUGGUUGGGCACAGACUGGCUUAAGAAAGGUGGUUUUUUUUUCAUUAAGGUUUUACUGACAACUCUGCAGUGCAGGAGGGAGCCGUGGUGGCCUCAGCCACCGCUGGUGGGCAUAGGGACUGGGCAUGGCAAGGGCCAGCUGGAGGCAGGGAGGGGAGUAUGGGGCAGCCCCCCAUGGGGAGGGAUAUUGCAUUCAAAAGGUACAAUUCAGGCUUCACAAAGAUGAGCCCAGCCACCCAGACCAGGACGUGGGGGCUUCGCUCGUAGCCAAGAACGGGGGAAGCAGCGAGAGCGAUGCAGAGACUGGCCAGCAGGGCCGCUCUUAAGUUCAGCUGUGGCAACGCUAACCCCUCUGAACACUCUCUCCCCAUGGGAUCUCCUUUGAGCUUGGGCCCUGAUUCAGGACAGCACAUAAAGCAAGUCUGCCGGAUUUAAGCACAUGCGUAAGUGCAGCAAUGGGGAUGCUAAAAUAGCUCUGUUUCUGAUCCUGGGGCCCUGUCUGCCUUUCAAAGGGUGCCGGAUUGCCAA